UUCUCGUAUGCUCGCUAUUUGUUGGUUUGAUUUCGAGUCGAAAUUGGGUUGUGUGAUUGGUGGUUUGGGGUUUUUGGAUUUUGAUUUGGAUUAGUGAAAUUAUACUUUCUGUUUCAUUUACUUGAAUGGAGAAAACUCUUGUCGAAUAACAAUUAACAUGGUAUACCGUGGCAGAAUUGGAUCCGAUCGUGAAAUCGGAGUGACUUCCAUCAGAAUUAUCUUGAUUUGUGAUGGAAGAUAGUAUAUGCCAGAUUUCUGUUCAUGGGGUUUGUUGUUCUGAUAUUUGUAGAGAUAAAAUCUUUUGUCUAACAGCAAAUUUUUUAGAACACAACCAAAUUAAUUAAUUGUUCAAUGAAAAUUUUGAAUUUGCUAUUUUUUUUUAGCAAUCCUAAGGUAAAUAGGUUUAUAUGUUUGUUUCUUUCAAAAUUCCUUAUUUAAAGGGUUGCUUUUGAGAAAAUAUGAUCCAAAUGAACAAGAAAACAAUCUGAUAUCUGUCCAAAACAAUGUGAUAUGAUAAACAAUAUACAGAAAUGCAAUAAUCAGCUUAAAACUUGUGGUAAAUAGGCUUAUAUGUUUGUGGUUCAAAAUUUGUUACUUUCUGUAGUAACAUGAAAAAUAUAUGCUAUAAUUCAUGCUUAUGUUUAUGCAUAUGUAUUUGUUGAUGUGGUUUAUUUCCCCUUAAAUAUAAGCGUGUGUUAGGUUGUUUCUUUGGUUGUUGUUACUAAUAUGUCUAAAUUUAUCAUAACGUUUUGGGUUUUAAUUCGACUAUGACCUGUGUAUGCAUGUCAUAUUUGUGAUUAGCUUUGAAGAACAAUGCAGUGGUCCAGAGAAAGGUGACUAGCUAGAAUUUGGGCCUGGAGUUCUUCUCAAGGCCUCUCGUUUCCGCGCACACACAAAACUAUCUCAGUUUGCUUCAAUACUGAAUUUUGCUUGUUGUAGGAUAGUGUUGGGCAGCGGACCUUGGUUAUUUACUUGUAAAAUGCAGUGGUUUCCAAUUGGGUCACCCUAAAAUCCAUUUUAUUUUUCACAUGUUAGUAGUCUGAAAGUCUCUUCUCACUGCUCUGUGGAUACCUUUACUAUAGUUAAUGUCUGCUGGAUUUGUAUGUGAGCCGUUUUGUUUGUUGAGUUAGUGUUUACCACCCUCAUAUUGUUUACGCAAAAUAUUUUUAAAGUUAACAUUAACAUUGGUGGUUCAGUGCAAGUUUUCUUUCCUUCCAAGACUUGCCAAAUUCCCCCAACCCAAAAUGGGAAAAUCACCAAUCUAAUUUUAUGUGCAUUGCUGUUUCCUGCUUCUGAUCCUUGAGAUUGAAACUCUUUAAUGAUGGCUACUGCAACCGUCUCUUUUGCUAGUCCACGUUAUUCUCCAGAGGACCCCACUCUUCCCAAGCCUUGGAAAGGGCUAGUUGAUGGUAAAACUGGUUAUCUUUACUUCUGGAAUCCGGAGACCAAUGUCACUCAGUAUGAGAAGCCCGCUGCCUCUUCACACACGGGCUCAGCUCCACCACAAAAGCUGUCUGCAGCACCUGUAAGUUCUUCGGUUCAAGUUGAACAAUCUUCUCAUGGACAUUGUGACAGUAUCUUCAACGAUGAUGACGAUAGAUAUAAUGGAGGUAGCAAUAGUGGGUCUAAGCUUGAUACAGGAACUCGGAGUUAUCAGGGAGAUAAUGUACCCCCUCCUUUAACAUCAUUUGAAGCUACUGGUUUUCCUUCAGAGCUUCUUCGAGAGAGUGGGAAAGGUGGAUCAGAUCAUUCUCAAAAUGUUCCUAAUGAGGAGAUAGGUGUUGGACAUGGAGGGUCUUCUGGCAGAGGUUAUGGCUUUUGGCUGUUGGAAAUGGCCCAUCUGUUGAAUCUUAUCGCCGUCAGCAUGAAAUUACUAUUAGUGGAGAUAAUGUACCCCCUCCUUUAACAUCAUUUGAAGCUACUGGUUUUCCUUCAGAGCUUCUUCGAGAGACACACGAGCACCACCACCGACCACCACCAUCCGUUGUUUCUCCGAUUCAGAAACAUGAACGCAUCUCUGGCGGCAGAUUUCUUCUACGGCGAGGCCGUUUGAUUCCGAUUUCUUUGUGAGUUCAAUUCAUCGUGUCUCUCUCUACACUCUCUUUCUCUACAUAUAUAAAUCAUUCGUAUAUAAUUUCUAAUUUGUCUGAUUAUUUUCUUAACUGAUUUGUAGUUUAAAUUACACAAAUUCAGAUCUCUCCUCUCAUUCACCAAGUAACUAAUUCGCACUUCGAGAGAGAGAAAUGAGAUAGCGAUUUCAUAUUUGAUCGAAUAUUGGUUUGGAGGAAAUUGAAACCCUUAGAUUUGUCUGAAAUUGUUGUGUUUUGUUGCUUUGUUUCUGUAUCGAUUCACCGAACUGCAUCAUUCUCUCCUGUGGUUGAAGAAAACUCAUUAACAAAUUUUUAAUUCUAUUUUUUUUUGUCUUUUCAAAUUCAUAAAAAUAAAGGGAAAAUUAUAAACAUUAGAACAAGACUUGAGUUUUUGAAUGGGUUAAUACCAGAAAUAACAGGUUGAACACGGUUGAGGACCAUGGUAAUGGCAAGAAGGUAAAUCAAAUUGAGCAACAGCUUUUUGCAUGUCUUUGCUCUCUGUGAGAAUGACAGCAAAAUGGUUUCUAGUAGUCAUUAUAAUUGACAUGAACAAUAUCCCUAUUAGAAGAGACUCUGUCACUGUUACAAAGACUGAGUAUUUUGCUGCCUUGGGAUGUCUUGAUCCUAGCUCAUUUGAAACCCUAACACUGUCAUGAAGGAAAAAAAAAUUAAAUAAAUUGUUCAAAAGAAACCAAGAAUGAAAAUUAGAUCAAUACCUUGCAAUGAAAUUUGACAGGGAAAGUAAAUGUGUCAAAAGAGAAUCAAUAAAUGCGACAUAAAUUUUUUCACAAAAGUGCAUAGAAUGCGGCCAGGAUAUCCUACUAUUGCAUGCAUUCUGGGUAUUUUUUUGAAAAUUUUCAUCAGUACUUAAAAAAAAAUUCAAAAGAUCGAUGCAACACAAUGGAAUUUGAAAGGGAAAUAAAAUAUAUAUGUGAAGAGAACAAAAAAAUGCUAGUGAGGGAUAUGGAAUUUUUUUUUUUUUAAAGUAUACAUGUAGUCAGGAUGAAUGUAGUGUUUUAAUCCAAGCUCAUUUGAGGCAGGAUGAAAAAUAAGUGCAACUCCAUGGGGUAGGAGAAGAUUUUAUGAAGGGAUUUUUUAGGAUUCCAAUGACUAAAACUUUUCAACAAGAUUCUGGAUAAUUCUAAAUACACACAAAAUUUCUCAAUACACCCAUUUUAUGAGACACAAUUCCCCAAAUAGUGGGUUUAUUCAAUAUUGCCACUAAUUACAAGUGUGAACCCUAUGAAUAAUAAUACAGUGUAGAGAUAGGAAGGGGGUAAUACCAGGAAGGAGGUGAAGACAGCAAAGAAGGCCUCGAAUCCAAGAAUAACAGAGUACCCAACACCUUGAUUUAAAACUACUUUCCCUCCAAAGAAACUGCUCUGUCUCACACAACUGUCCCCCGUGCUUGAGUAAAUACUUGGCGGCGAACACAAACAGCGGACAAUUUGGGAGAGAAGAAGCCAUGAAGCCACUGCUCUUCUCCAACUUCAACUGUCAGAGUCUGGCACUCUGUUUGUGUGGGAAUUUAUAUACACAUAGAGGAACUGAAUUUCUUUAUUGUGACGGUAUACACAAUAUGGUUCUAGUCGAACUAUGAAAGUUUCUCUCGUUGCUUGCUAUGAGAGGCAUGUCUUGGAUGGCAUUGAUGCUUUCAGUGGUCACUCUCUUGGGUUUGAAUUAUAUAUAUAAAUAUGUAUAUGUGGCAUGUCAAUUAUAUAUGUUUUGUCACACUUGAAAAAUAGAUUUUUUUUUUUAUUGCCCAAAUUAGGUUCUUUUACUUCUUAAAAAAGGAAAAAUGUGUGCGCCCUUGUAUUUGUCCUACAUUGGAGCAGAUACUGCUUGAAGGGUAGACUCUUUUUUUUGGGUGUUUGGUCAGUUUGACCCUUAAAAAACCCGUGGGUGCCCUUUUCCUUCUCUGUUAAAAAUACACGCUGAUUUUUAUGUUA